AUGUUGCAGCAGGUGGCUUCCGCGACCCCAGCACCACAACCAAACUCAGUAACUCCGCCAGAUUGGAACCUCUUGACUCCCGAAGUGGCGGACAGUCGACAUGGUCGUGGUUGCACCCCCUCCUCCGCUCGCACGCCCUCUUCACAUUUCGGUGAUGAACACAAUAUCCCAUCCCCCACGCCCAAAACUCAGACCGAUCUAGAAAAGGGCACUGCACUUACUCUUAACUCUGCCGUUCAGUUUCGCAAAUGA